AUGAAAGCAAUAUCCUGCCACCUCCUUCCCAUCAAACCCCCCACAUCCACCCCCCUUCCGCGGCUGCUGCCACCGCCAACACACAUCACCCCCUCCACCACCACCACCACCACCACCACCCGCGCCAUCUCCAUCACCGCCCCAUCCAUCCCGGCCCCCGACACCAAUGCCUCCGACGAUGCCGUCUCCGCCUUCUGGGACUACCAGUUCCUCUUCGUGUCGCAGCGCGCCGAGACCGCGGACCCCGUCCCCCUCCGCCUGGUCGACGGCGCGCUGCCGCACGGAUUCCCCUCCGGCACCUACUACCUCACCGGCCCCGGCCUCUUCUCCGACGACCACGGCUCCACCGUCCACCCCCUCGACGGCCACGGCUACCUCCGCUCCUUCCGCAUCGACGCCGCUGCCGGGAGGGUCGACUUCGCCGCCAGGUACGUCGAGACCGAGGCCCAGACCGAGGAGCGCGACCGCCACACGGGAGAGUGGCGGUUCACGCACCGCGGCCCGUUCUCCGUCCUCAAGGGGGCGAAGAUGGUCGGGAACACCAAGGUGAUGAAGAACGUCGCCAACACGAGCGUCUUGCGGUGGGGAGGCCGCCUCUUCUGCCUGUGGGAGGGCGGCGAUCCCUACGAGAUCGAGCCGCGGAGUUUGGAGACUGUCGGGAGGUUUGAUCUUGCCGCCGAGAGGACGGAUGAUGCCGGCGAUGAUGAUGGUACGGUCAGGGCGAAGUUGUUGGACGUUGCUGCUCGGGUUUUGAAGCCUUUACUAUACGGGGUGUUCAAGAUGCCUCCCAGGAGAUUGUUGUCUCAUUACAAAAUUGAUGACAAGAGAAAUAGAUUAUUAAUAAUGUCAUGCAAUGCCGAAGAUAUGCUACUUCCACGUAGCAACUUCACUAUUUUCGAAUAUGACUCCAAUUUUAAGCUGCUGCAAAGCCAAGAAUUCAACAUCCCUGAUCACUUGAUGAUCCAUGACUGGGCCUUUACAGAUUCUCAUUACAUAUUGUUUGGAAACAGGAUCAAGUUGGAUAUUGCUGGUUCAAUGACAGCAUUAUGUGGAUUUUCUCCAAUGAUAUCGGCAUUAUCGGUAAAUCCAAGCAAGACAACUUGUCCAAUUUAUUUACUUCCAAGAUUUGAAGACACUAAAUCUAGGGAUUGGAGAGUUCCAAUUGAAGCACCUUCACAAAUGUGGGUUCUUCACACUGGAAAUGCAUUUGAAGAGAAAUAUGAAAAUGGAGAUCUUCAUAUUCAGAUCCAAGCUAGUACUUGUUCCUACCAAUGGUUCAAUUUCCAGAAAAUGUUUGGAUAUGAUUGGCAGACUGGUAAAUUGGACCCUUCCAUGAUGAACUUGAAACGAGGCCAAGAAACUUUGCUACCUCACUUAGUCAAUGUUAGUAUAAAAUUGGACGUGGAUGGGAAUUGCCAAGAUUGCAGUGUAGAUAACCUGGCUGAGUGGAGCAAACCGACGGAUUUUCCGGUGAUAAAUCAGGAAUUUUCCGGCGGCCGAAACACUUACGUCUAUGCAGCUUCCUCCUCCGGCUCGCGCCAAGCCUUGCCGCAUUUCCCGUUCGACACAGUGGUGAAGAUGAACACGGCCACCAAAGCCACCCAAACUUGGUCUACCGGCCGCCGUAGAUUCAUCGGAGAGCCGGUAUUCAUACCGAAAGACAGCGGUGGUGGUGAAGACGACGGCUUUCUUCUCGUAGUCGAGUAUGCGGUAUCUACACAAAGAUGUUAUCUUGUGAUUUUGGACCCUAAACUUAUUGGCAAAAGGAAUGCUCUAGUGGCAAGGUUUGAAGUCCCAAGGCAUUUGAAUUUUCCUCUUGGAUUUCACGGAUUCUGGGCUCCUACGUCCCCAUCGGAGCGCCACGUGUCAUCCCCUACAAGGAAUCUAGAAUUUUCUCAUGAAUGUAUUGGAGCGACCUAAUUGUAAUAUGGUAAAUGAAAAAUAGGUGCAAAUUAUGACGGAGAUGCUAGAGUAGUAAAAUGGUCAUAUUUAGAACUUUGUUUAUGAACAUUGGUUUAGUGAAUGUUAUGUUCGUUUUCUCUGUA